ACCCUCCGCUGUGUGAGGAGAGGCGGUCGCGGGCAGCCUUCGGGGCAGCAGCGGCGGCGGCGGCUGCGGCUGCGGGAGCAGAAGCCGAAGCCGGAACCACACCCACGUCACUGUCCCUGUCCUCUUGUGCCCUCUCGCCGUCCCACCGGAGACUGCGUUCGUGAAGGAGAGCGGCUGCCCACGUCCGGAGCAUCCUCCCCUGUCAAGCGGGCGCUGACGGACCCGGCGGCAUGAUUCGACUGAGAGGCUCGGCGAUACUGCGGGACCUUCUGCGGCCGCCUGCCGCCGCCUGCGCGGUUCUGAGGCGGGCACAGCCCUUCGCCACCCUGUGCCGGCGCCCCCGGGGCGGGGUACGAUCAGCUGCGGGCCCGGCGACCGCCGUGCGGCUCUACCAGUGGUGGGGUGGGGGCGGCCGGCCGGCGGGGCUCCUCGCGAGGGGCUUGGCCAGCUCCCCCUCAGAGAUCCUCCAGGAGCUGGGCAAGGGGGGCACGCAGCAGCAGCAGCAGCAGCCACCGCAGCCUGGGGCGUCACCUCCUGCAGCCCCGCCGGCGCCCGGCCCCAAGGACAGCCCAGGGGAGACGGACACAUUCGGCAACAGCGAGGGCAAGGAGCUGGUGGUUUCGGGCGAAAAUAAAAUAAAACAGGGUCUGUUACCUAGCUUGGAAGAUUUGCUCUUCUAUACAAUUGCAGAAGGACAAGAGAAAAUACCUGUUCAUAAAUUCAUUACAGCACUCAAAUCUACAGGAUUGCGAACGUCUGAUCCCAGGUUGAAAGAGUGUAUGGAUAUGUUAAGAUUAACUCUUCAAACAACAUCAGAUGGUGUCAUGCUAGACAAAGAUCUUUUUAAAAAAUGUGUUCAAAGCAACAUUGUUUUGUUGACACAAGCCUUUAGAAGAAAAUUUGUCAUUCCUGACUUUAUGUCUUUUACUUCACACAUUGAUGAGUUAUAUGAGAGUGCUAAAAAGCAGUCUGGAGGAAAGGUUGCGGAUUAUAUUCCUCAGCUAGCCAAGUUCAGUCCUGAUUUGUGGGGUGUGUCUGUUUGUACAGUAGAUGGACAGAGACAUUCUAUUGGAGAUACCAAAGUUCCAUUUUGUCUUCAGUCCUGUGUAAAACCUUUGAAAUAUGCCAUUGCUGUUAAUGAUCUUGGAACAGAAUAUGUGCAUCGAUAUGUUGGGAAAGAGCCAAGUGGAUUAAGAUUCAACAAACUAUUUUUAAACGAAGAUGAUAAACCACACAAUCCUAUGGUAAAUGCUGGAGCAAUUGUUGUGACUUCAUUAAUAAAGCAAGGAGUGAAUAAUGCUGAAAAAUUUGACUAUGUAAUGCAGUUUUUGAAUAAGAUGGCUGGUAAUGAAUAUGUUGGAUUCAGUAAUGCAACGUUUCAGUCUGAAAGAGAAAGUGGAGAUCGAAAUUUUGCAAUAGGAUAUUACUUAAAAGAAAAAAAGUGUUUUCCAGAAGGCACAGACAUGGUUGGUAUAUUAGACUUCUAUUUCCAGCUGUGCUCCAUUGAAGUAACUUGUGAAUCAGCUAGUGUGAUGGCUGCAACACUGGCUAAUGGUGGUUUCUGCCCAAUUACUGGUGAAAGAGUACUGAGCCCUGAAGCAGUUCGAAAUACACUCAGUCUGAUGCAUUCCUGUGGCAUGUAUGAUUUCUCAGGGCAGUUUGCUUUCCAUGUUGGUCUUCCCGCCAAAUCUGGAGUUGCUGGGGGCAUUCUUUUAGUUGUCCCCAAUGUCAUGGGCAUGAUGUGCUGGUCUCCUCCUCUGGACAAAAUGGGCAAUAGUGUUAAGGGAAUUCACUUCUGUCAUGAUCUUGUUUCUCUGUGUAAUUUCCAUAACUAUGAUAAUUUGCGACACUUUGCAAAAAAACUUGAUCCUCGAAGAGAAGGUGGUGAUCAAAGGGUUAAGUCAGUGAUAAACCUUUUGUUUGCUGCAUAUACUGGAGAUGUGUCUGCACUUCGAAGAUUUGCUUUGUCAGCCAUGGACAUGGAACAGCGAGACUAUGAUUCUAGAACAGCUCUCCACGUGGCUGCUGCAGAGGGUCAUGUUGAAGUUGUUAAAUUUUUGCUGGAAGCCUGCAAAGUAAAUCCUUUCCCCAAGGACAGGUGGAAUAACACUCCCAUGGAUGAAGCGCUGCACUUUGGCCACCAUGACGUAUUUAAAAUCCUGCAGGAAUACCAAGUUCAGUACACACCUCAAGGAGAUUCCGACAAUGGAAAGGAAAAUCAGACCGUCCAUAAGAAUCUUGAUGGAUUGCUAUAAUGGUCGUAAGCCCAAGAUUUAAAUCACUUACCUAUUUAAUUGUGGAAAAUGAUUACGAAGAACAUGUGUAUUUCUAUCUGGUAGUGAUGUAUAUUUACAACAUUUGUCGUAUCAGUGUUACUGGAGUUUUCUUCAUUAUGUGCACAGGACAAAUCUGAUUUCUUUGGGACAAAAUAGAAAUAAAACAAUCUCCCUCCAUAAUGUGAGCAAUAUUUACCUCGUGCAUUGUAUAAUCUGAUGUAAAAGAAAUAGUUACCAAUGCUAGCUUAACUGUGUGGUCCUCAUGAUUUAUUUUUGUCUAUUUUGUGAAUUUUCAACUUAUGGUGAUGAUCUGCUGAUAUGCAUUUAUAAAUUAAACUCUGUUGUACAAUCUGUCCAAAUGGGUCAAGGCUGCCUUUAGAAGCAAAAUAGUGUGAUUUUCAUGACUUCAAAUAGAGAUUUAGUUUGAAUGUUUUAACAACUAUAUGCACUUAACGGUUAUGUGUGUAAAAUGUCUCCCAUCAUCCUAGCUUCAUGAUGUGACUCUAAAAAUUAUAAUAGUUAACAACUGUUAGUAGAUUGACCAGUUCUGAUUAGACUUUAUCAGGGAAUCUGUUUAAGAUAUGUUUGGUGACCAAAACAUAGGUGUGAAUGUAGUUAUAAUACUUUUGAAAAAAUUUCCUUUUUCUAUAUCCCCUUAGCCCAACCUCUCUUCCCAGACACUGAGCUAUUUGCCUCUUUCCUUUUGCUGGGAAAGUGGUGCUGGCAGUCUAUGCAGUUUUCACGUUUUCCACGACAAAUCAGAAAAUGCCUCAUGUAUCUGGCAUCCUAGCUGUAACUAUGCCAUGUGUCUACAGAAGAUGAACCAGAGACAGAUUACUAAGUACAAAUUAGUCAAAUUCAUCAGCCAGUAAAAAAGAAGGGAUGUGCUACUGCAGCUCUUUAAGAAGACAUUUUUCAGCUUUCAGGAUAAAGAGAAAUUCAGAAGUGCUCCAAGCUACCAAAGUGACUAUGAAAGUAUGGGAACUGCUACAAAUAGCAUUUGUUUUUAAACCUGUCAUUAAAAGUCUGCAUCAAGAUAUUUGUUCACUAGAUGACCCAGUCAGUUUUCUUUUGAUUCUCUACUGUUUAUUUUUGGUGGACUUUACAGUUUAAUAAUAAGGAAAGGCCAUUUCAUUUUAAAUCAAGACCCAUCAUUUGUCUUGGGGAAGGAACUGCACAUAAACUAUUCUAUCAUACCUCCAAGGUACAGGGGUGAAUGAGGGUUUCUGAUAUUAAGCACACAUACAAACACAUACAAAUGGACUUCUUUGAAGCUAUGUUUAGUGAAAUGAGCAGAAUCCUCUACUACAUGAAUGCUGGUUGUUACAUUAAUAUAGACAAUACCUUUCUUUUCCUCUCUUUUCUAUCGGCACACACUGCUGCUUCCAAGCUUUAUCAUUGCCUAAUAGCCCUUUCCCACUCUAACAGCCUCCAAGUGUCUUGAUUAUUGCUUCUGGUCUCAAUCAGUGGCUUCAGCCACCACCCUCUUAUUACCUGGCCAGCGCCUCCUUUGGUGGAACCACAGCGUUCCUUAACUGAGCUGCAUCAGGCACGAAGCCAUUCCCGUGUGUGUGCUUCUGUGGGGAAUGUGGUGGGUGGGAUCUAUCAAGCCAUGCAGACAGGUAGUGUUUGCAAAAUCCUGCAGAGGAACAGCAUUCUCUCCAAAGAUAUUAUGGGAUAGACAUUCUCUGACUGAAAUCAAUGAAAAUAACUGCUCAAACAGCAGCUUGUUUGGUGUGAUUUAAAGGAAACAUUAAGAUGGUUCAAUUAUGUGGCUUGAAGAUUACCAAUGAUUUUGAGGCUUUUUUCUAAUUAAAAGAGGUUUUAACUAUUAUUUGGGAACAAAGAGUUUCAUCUUUUCUCAGAUCAAAACUAUUUUGUGAAAUCUUUGUGGUUUAGUUAAAUGUGCCCUUAUUUACUCAUGAGGUUACUUAUCACUGUACACUGGUUCCUGCUCUGGCUGUUUGCUGUUGAUUUAAAUGCUUUUAACUAUGCUGUUAACUGCUGUCAUCAAUAUACUCCAAAGAUCUUUUUGUUUUGCCUUUAGGAUCAUAUGUGCUUUUUCUGUAUCAUGAGAGCUCUACACAGUGUGUUUAUUUAAAGCUUUGUAUACAUUGUUGUUUUUGCUGGCCUCAUUUCUAAUGACCUCAUCUCUGAGUGUACUGUGCUGUACCCCACUGCUGCCCCACACUGCCCUUUAGCUGCAGAGCUGGAUAAGCUAUCGACCAUUUGAUGCUGUUGUCUGCCUGGCAGGGACUGAAUGACCUGAUGCUGGAUUUAGAUUCUUCCUGGGGAUUGUACAGCUAUGAAUGUAUUUGCUUCCAGAACCUCCCAAAGUGAAUCUAAUCUUAAAAUUAUAAGUUGUAAGUAUUCUGAAAUUGGAAAAUAUUUAUUUUAAAUGAAAUUAGGUAGUGUUGCUUUUUACAGCUUAAUAAAUACAUGUAUCAAGAAAAAA